AUGGAUAACUGUGAUUUGGCAAAGCUGUCUGUAUCUGUGGGGAAACUACACCCGGACUUUUCUCCAAACAUCACCAAAUACCAAGUUACAGUUGAGAGCAGCGUCAACAAAGUCAAUCUGAACGUGGCCACUAGCGACUGUGGAGCUUCAUACAGAAUUCGUUUUGGAGAUGAAUCCCGUGUAGUUAAACUCAGUGAUGGCUUGAACAAAGUGGAAAUUGAAGUGGCAGCAGAGGAUGGUACUAUCAAGAAGUAUUAUGUUGAAAUCACUAAACUGCCUGCUAGUAUUGCAGAACUGAGUGAGCUUGCCUUGGAGGGAGAGUUUCCACUAUAUCCUGAAUUUAACCCCAAAACAUUUGAGUACAACAGUACCGUUCCAUUUUACGUGAAUUCAGUGACAAUGAUUCCCAAAGUACCAGAUAAACACAUCCAAGUUAAAGUGAACGGGGUCGACAGCUCUCAGCCCGUUUUACUCAACUAUGGAGACACUUUGGUGGAUAUUUUAGUUUGCUCAGCAGAUGGCAGCCAUUCACAGGUGUAUACUGUGUUGGUCACCAGAGAGCUGCUUCCACUAGCUGUUACCUUCAGUGACCCCAAAAACCAGUUUGAGUAUGAGUGUCCGGUGUCUCUCAAUGCUUUUUACAGACCUAUUUCCAUCAAUGAAAGUAACCCUAAGCACAUCUUCUCGAGGCCGUAUAUAGAGAUGCUGGCUCGAAGAUCCAAAGUUGAUCCACUAAACAACAGUCCAUUACGAGGAUGUUGGAAGAUUAUUGAAAUGAGUCUGGACCACGCGAUGUCUGCUGCUCCUGUAAAGUGUUUGUUUAGAUAUCGAGGUUGUGAUAGUGAGAUCAAACUAUCAGAGCUCGGGUCACAUUUGCUGGACUGUCCCCACAAACCAACUGGGGAACUCAGGACGAAGGAUGUUACAGACACAAAAUGGUACAAGGAGCACUUUGAGACGACCAGUUCCCUCUCAAUUGAAACAAAGCACAGUGUAGAGGUCCGUAACUGGGAGAAGAAACUCCGCCUGAGAGCUGCUGUAGAAAGCAGUGUAGAAAACCUCUGUGCUUUUGCUGAAGACCACCUGAAAGUUUACAAUGAAUACCUCCCAAAACCAGGUGACUUGAUGCAGUACUCCGAGGACACAUCUCCACUGUAUAACCUUGAACAGGCCGCAGUUUACUAUGCAUCAGCCAUAAGAUACAACUCUAAAGACUCCAGACUCCACUUUCUACUAGGGAUGGUUCUGGAGAAGACGUACUACGCCACUGAGAUGUAUGGGCUACAAAAAAAGAUUGACAAAGAAAACAGUGUUUUAAGUAAUGCCAAGUCAACGUCAUAUCAGGAUGAUAUCUUAGCUGUUUGCAAGCUCCAUGGGCUCUCAGGUACUCCAACAGUGGAAAAGCAGCUGCAGGCUUUGGGUAAAGAGUACCAGUCACUGAGAGACCAGGGUCAGUCCAGCAAAGCAGACUAUGUACAAACACUGUACUUAUGGCUGUCAAAGAAGCCCGGCAAGGACAACAGUGUAGCCCUGCAGGACGAGGAGAACUGUCUGAAACAGGCCUUGAUGAAGUACUUGGAUGCCUGGUCCCUGAGUCCACACUGUUGGGAGUAUAACCUACAUGUGGGGAGGUUACUGUUACUACAGGGCAAGCACACUGAAGCUCUACAACACCUGCAGACCGGCUUGGCUCUACGCCCACUAAACGCUGGACUAAGAUUUUUCACUGGCCUGGCAUUACUGCAGCAGGAAAAGAAACCCUCAGAGGACAGUGAAAUGGAGGCUGCUCUGUUCCUACAACAAGGUCUAGAGCACUUUGUCGGUCAGCGCUGCAGAGAGAGCUGGAAAGAACAGUUCCCAUUAGACCCUCUGUCCAGCAUCAGCACACAGUUCCUCCAAGGCCUUCUCACUUUGGGUCGACUUCAGCAAAGAAACAUUCUGCAGGACAAGGCCAUAAGCUCCGAGCAGGUCUAUCACAUUGUUGCUGCGCUGGCUGCCCAGAGUGUGAGUCAGUGUGUGAUUCGCGGCGAAGCAAGCAGUCAGCUGGAGUGGGUGCUGCUGGAUGCUCACUCUGUUCUUCUGCAGCGGCUCAUUCACAAGGACGAGGCCAAGGCUGAGCUCAAGCCUUUAGUGGCCAAGAGGUGCCAGGCCAUAAUCGCUCUCAUCCAUCUCACCUCCAUCACCCCCUGUCAGGAGCUCCUGGACCUGCAGGAGAAUGCAUGCCAGUUAUCAGUGGUCACCACACCACGGAACAGCUACGCUCUGUGUCAGCUCGGUCUGGCCCAGCUCUCUCAAUAUGACAGCAGCCCAAAGCUAACUACGUCACAAGAUGUCUUAGCUAAUGCCUGUCUGAGCUUUCAGGCAAGCAUUGAUUUGGAAGGCAAGCCUCAGAAAGGAGAACCACCAGAGCAGCUGAGCAAACAGAAGUGGUGGCAAGACAAACAGAAGAGUGAACAAGAGAUUGUGUCUAAAACAGCACCCUCUCAGCCACAGGCAGUGAAGGGGCCCGCUAACACGGGAGCUACAAGAGCAAGAGGCAGAGCACAGCCUGGAAAAGGACUCUCAAAAACUCCUGCCCCUGUGAACCCCGGCAGGGCAGGGAGGACUGCUUCUGCCUCCAAACCCUCUACUGCCAGAGGGAGACCUGGGGUAGCUGCAAGAUCCUCGAGCAGCAGCACCAAACGCCAUAACACAUCAAGCAAGUCCAAACAAGAAGUCCCAGCCAAACCCAUUGACACAGUCCCAGAGCCAGUGAAAGAAAGUGUUAUUGAGUCCGGUCCAGUAAAUCCCAAGUCUUACAUCCCACGCAUCGGCCUAGCUGGGGCCUUAAGUCGCUCAAAAAAGUAUGAACAAGCAAAAACUCUCUACCAAGAAGUCAUCUCCAUGUCCCCAGAGGUACAUGAUGCCUACAUUGAACUUGUGCAGCUGCUGGAGCCCACAGACCCAGAGGCUGCACUGGAGGUGUACUGCAGAUAUCCUCUGAAGCCAGUGGCAGAACAAACUUUAUAUGACGCGUUCAUUACAGGAGAAACUGUCAGAAUAUUAAUGAAGCUGGAGCUAUACGACCAUCCAAUGCUUGGCUCAAGUCUCGUGGCAUAUGGAAAAGUUAUGGGACUAAGUUGCAUCGAGAAGUACAUAGACAUUUUGGAUGGAAAAUCAAUGACCAAACUGCUAAGAAGUGUCUAUGCAAAGAUACACGACAGACCGGAGAAUGACCCAGAGCUACAGGACUUUUUUAGGUUUAAAUGUUGGUUGUGA